GCCCGGAAGUUUUCUGUUCUGAACCCUUGAAAGGGGCUCACGUGGGUUGGGCUUUGGAGUGAGCGGGUUUCGCAGCCGUCGGGAGCUGAGCAGGAUCUGGCAUCAUGGGGAAGCUGCGCCGGAGGUAUAACAUCAAGGGGCGCCAGCAGGCGGCCCCUGGCCCUUCCAAAGGCCCUCCCGAGCCGCCCCCCGUGCGACUGGAACUGGAGGAUAAGGGCACUUUGAAAGGAGUUGAUGCCAGCAAUGCACUUGUCCUGCUGGGAAAGAAGAAGAAGAAGACUAAAGCCCCUCCCCUGUCCAAGAAGGAGAAGAAGCCCCUGACCAAGAAAGAACGCAAGAUGCUGCAGAGAAUCUUAGACCAGAAGGAGAAAAAGAGCCAGCGAGCAGAGAUGCUACAGAAAUUGAGUGAGGUCCAGGUUUCAGAAGCGGAGAUGAGGCUCUUUUAUACCACGUCCAAGCUGGGCACCGGGGACCGCAUGUACUGCACCAAAGAGAAGCCCGACGAGCUAGCAGCCCAGGGUCAGAAGAUCAGCAGCCUCAGCGGGGCCUGCCGGAAGCGCCGACACCAGGAUUCUGAAGAGGAGGCUGAAGAGGAGGAAGGUGAAUCCUCAGCAGAGUCCGAACUAGAGGAGGCCCCAGUGGCCAAGCGAGUGGAAGCCACUGAGGGCAUGGCCCCAGCACAUCUGCCACCAACCUUGCCGGGGGCCGGGGGCCAGAGCCCAGUGCCCAGCAAUCCAGCCGGAACCCCAGCUGCUUCAUCUGCUCCUCCUGUGGCAGCCUCUGCCCUGGCCAGGCCGCCAGUGAAGCCUGCCAUCUUCAUCCCUGUGAACCGCUCCCCCGAAAUGCAGGAAGAACGGCUGAAGCUCCCGAUUCUCGCUGAAGAACAGGUGAUCAUGGAGGCGGUGGCCGAGCACCCCAUCGUCAUCGUGUGUGGCGAGACCGGCAGUGGGAAGACCACCCAGGUGCCCCAGUUUCUCUACGAAGCAGGCUACAGCAGUGACAACAGCAUCAUUGGCGUCACAGAGCCCCGCCGAGUGGCCGCCGUGGCCAUGUCCCAGCGAGUGGCCAAGGAGAUGAAUCUGUCGCCACGGGUUGUCUCCUAUCAAAUCCGAUAUGAAGGAAACGUGACUGAAGAGACCAGGAUCAAGUUCAUGACAGAUGGCGUCUUGCUCAAGGAAAUCCAGAAGGAUUUCCUGCUGCUGAAGUACAAGGUGUUGAUCAUUGAUGAGGCUCACGAGAGAAGCGUGUACACCGACAUCCUGAUUGGCCUUCUGUCCCGCAUCGUGUGUCUCCGGGCGAAGAGGCACCUGCCGCUGAAGCUGCUCAUCAUGUCGGCCACACUGCGAGUGGAGGACUUCACCCAGAACCAGCGGCUCUUCGCCCAGCCACCCCCGGUCAUCAAGGUCGAGUCCAGGCAGUUCCCCGUGACGGUGCACUUCAACAAGCGGACGCCGCUGGAAGACUACAGCGGGGAGUGCUUCCGGAAGGUCUGCAAGAUCCACCGCAUGCUGCCUGCAGGCGGCAUCCUGGUGUUCCUGACGGGGCAGGCAGAGGUCCAUGCGCUGUGCCGCAGGCUGAGACGAGCCUUCCCACUUGCCAGGCACAGGCUGCCAGAAAAGGAUGAUCAGAAAGAUUCAGUAGAAGAAAUGCGGAAGUUUAAGAAGUCUCGGGCACGGGCGAGAAAGGCCCAGGCCGCGACGUUGCCCCAAAUCAGUUUGGACAAUUACUCAGUGUUGCCAGCGGGCGAAGGCGACGAGGACAGGGAGGCGGAAAUGGAUGAGGAGGAGGCGGCCUUGGGCUCCGACCUGGACCUGGACUUAGGGGACGAUGGAGCCGAUGGAGGUGAGCAGCCUGAUGCCUCGAUUCCCCUCCACGUGCUCCCUCUCUACUCUUUGCUGGCCCCAGAGAAGCAGGCACAGGUCUUCCAACCUCCCCCCGAGGGGACGCGACUAUGUGUUGUGGCCACCAAUGUGGCCGAGACAUCCCUCACCAUCCCAGGCAUCAAGUAUGUGGUGGACUGUGGGAAGGUCAAGAAGCGGCACUAUGACCGUGUUACCGGCGUGUCCUCCUUCCGUGUCACCUGGGUCUCCCAGGCCUCAGCAGAUCAGCGAGCCGGCCGCGCAGGCCGGACGGAGCCUGGCCACUGCUACAGGCUCUAUUCCUCUGCGGUUUUUGAGGACUUUGAGAAGUUCCCCCCUCCGGAAAUCACCCGGAGGCCUGUGGAAGACUUGAUCCUUCAGAUGAAAGCUCUCAAUAUCGAAAAGGUCAUCAACUUCCCCUUCCCGACGCCCCCCUCCAUAGAGGCCCUCGUUGCUGCCGAGGAGCUGCUGAUCGCCCUGGGUGCCUUGCAGGCUCCGCCCAAAACAGAAAGGGUGAAGCAGCUACAGAGGUCUCGGCUCAGCUGCCCUAUCACCGUGCUGGGCAGGACCAUGGCCACGUUCCCUGUGGCCCCGCGCUAUGCCAAGAUGCUGGCGCUGAGCAGGCAACACGGCUGCCUGCCCUAUGCCAUCACCAUCGUGGCUGCCAUGACCGUCCGGGAGCUGUUCGAGGAGCUGGACAGACCGGCUGCCAGCGACGAGGAGCUCGCCAAGCUGAAGGGCAAGCGAGCCCGGGUGGCCCAGAUGAAGAGGAUCUGGGCAGGGCAGGGAGCUUCUCUGAAACUCGGAGACCUCAUGGUGUUGCUAGGCGCCGUGGGAGCCUGUGAGUACUCAGGCUGCUCACUGCAGUUCUGCGAGGCAAACGGGCUGCGGUAUAAGGCCAUGAUGGAGAUCCGGCGCCUGCGGGGCCAGCUGACCACUGCAGUCAACGCCGUGUGCCCCGAGGCCGGGCUCUUCGUGGACCCCAAGAUGCAGCCACCUUCCGAGAGCCAGGUGACCUACCUGCGGCAGAUCGUGACAGCCGGCCUGGGUGACCACCUGGCCCGCAGGGUCCAGAGUGAGGACCUGCUGGAUGAAAAGUGGAAGAACGCCUACAAGACACCCCUCCUCGAUGAACCUGUCUUCAUCCACCCCAGCUCUGUCCUCUUCAAGGAGCUCCCCGACUUUGUGGUCUACCAGGAAAUUGUGGAGACCACCAAGAUGUACAUGAAAGGCGUCUCUACCGUGGAGGUCCAGUGGAUUCCCGUUCUGCUGCCUUCUUACUGCCAAUUUGACAAGCCCCUGGAAGAGCCGCCCCCCACCUAUUGCCCCGAGAAAGGGAGGGUGCAGUGUCAUCAGGCCAGCGUGUUCUUAUGUGUGUUCUGGGCAGAGUCCCCCUUGGUGGGCAGGCAUGGGACUGGGGGUGCCGCUGGCGUCUGCUGCUGCCUCUUCACCAGCCCCUGUGCCCCAGAUCGCGUCGGCUGGUCGCUCCCCGCUGUCCAGGUGGAUUUUCCAGAGGGCAUUGACUGCUACAAGCACUUCGCUCGGGUUCUGUUGGACGGGCAGGUCUUCCCCAAGCUGGCCUCCUAUAAGGGCUGUUUGCUCUCCAGCCCCAGCACAAUGUUGAAGACCUGGGCCAGGCUGCAGCCCAGGACAGAGAGUCUCCUGAGAGCCCUUGUUGCUGAGAAAGCUGACUGCCGAGACACCUUGCUGGCUGUUUGGAUGAAAAACCCCAAAUACCUGCUGACUGAGUACUGCGAGUGGCUCCCACAGGCCAUGCAUGCUGACGUCGAGAAAGGCUGGCCACCCACCCCUGACCACUGACCCAGGGUCUGCCCGUGGGGCCAAGGACUGGCCUAGGGACCUAGGAGGCUGGCGGCAGCCAGCGUCCAGCAUGGUCACCCUGAUCCCAAGGCUGCUCCCAGGAGGCAGGUCAUGCCCCUGGACACCCUUGUUUAUCUUGGCUCGAUUCUGGGCACAACUUGCUACCACCUUGGGCCAUAUGAUCCCAGGAGUGACUUUUGUAGCUAUUUAUUACAGGGCAGCUAAUUUUUUUAUCUCCCAUGCUAGCCUCAUCUUAAAUAUGCCCUGUGGGAAUUCCCAGGUGGCACAGUGGGUUAAAGAUCUAGGGUUAUCACUGCUGUGGCACGGCCCACUCCUGUGGCGCUGGUUCAGUCACUGGCCUGGGAACUUGUGCAUGCCAUAGGUACGGCCAAAAAAAAGGCUCUGUGGACUACAUUAGUCCCUUGUAGAGAAGCAGGGCUGGGGGGGCGAAGGUGACCAUGGGCCCUUCCCUUCAUCUGUUCCCUGCGGAAGUAGUACCCCCCUCCCCCCAGCCCGGGAGGAUCCCCCCACGGCUCCUGCCUUCUCCUGUGGCAUGGGCAUCUCCUCCCUGGGGACAGUGCCUGGCUGGCUACAUUGCUGUAAUAAAUCUUUGCUUUGAUAACA